AUGUUUACAACACCAGUUGUCACCCUCUAUUUUCCGCCUGUCAUCAACCCUAAUAUCCAUCACACUUUGACAUCGCCCAAAAAUAACCGUCACAAGGUGAAAGAAGCAAACCCUCAUCUCUCUCUAAAUCUCCUCUCUCUCUCUUCCGUCUCUCUCUCUUCUCUCUCUCUCUCUCUCUCCAGCUCUCUCUCUCUCUCUCUCUCUCUCUCCAGCUCUCUCUCUCUCUCUCUUCUCUCUCUUCUCUCUCUCUCUUCUCUUCUCUCUCUCUACUUUUUGAAUUUUCAGCACCCAAUUCACACCCACAUGGCCACUUUUGAUGAACCCAGUACCAACUUUGUCCGACCGCUGCCGGCUGCCGGUCUCGAUGCCCAUGCCUAUCUCUCUUGUCCAUCCAGCCUCUCGACGUUUCAUCAGCGCUACAUUACUCCGGUGUUGCAACCGCGAGAUCCAGCGCAACGCAUUCUUGUGCGCGAAGGCGAUUCCGAUCCUAGCCCGUCACCCAAGAAACACGACAAGAACAAACCGCGUCGAAACUAUCUCAAACCCUGGCAGCAGGAUCCUGAUGCCAUCCGCCGCAAGAAGGAGCGCAAACCCACAAAAUGGCAACCCCCCACACGCAAAACAGAUCUCGACCGGCAUGCAACCCAACUACGUGACCAUCCGCCCGUCGUCAACCCCGUUGUCGUCCAGGAGCACCGUCCGGCCACCACCCCAACCAAGCUUUGGAAGCGUAAUCACUCGACAUCACGCCCCGGCUCUAGUGCCAACUUGUUUGGCUCGCCUCCGCGCGCCAUCCCAAACACUCCUCCUUCACAGGAACGCAUCAUGGGCUCCUUCACCCCUUCAAUGCCCUCGCGUAGCUUCUUACGCGACUAUGGUCACCCGCCAGCCCCAGCCCCAACUUCCUCGGGUGCGCCUGCGUCCAGCACCAGCAACAGCGCCCUGGUCACCCCUCGCCGCACCCGCCGCCUCGUGCGUGCUGCUACCCCGCAAGAAAAGUCCCGGACCGAGUCACGGCGCGAAUCGGCUGGCCGACACCGCACCCCCGACCUCAAUCCCCAACCAGCCCCCACAGAACCGCGUCAAGACCUGAACGAUCGGCCUCGCAUGUCCGUCUUUGAGCGUCUCAGUAAACCUAAAUUCUUCCCUCAGGCCUUCCGUCAGCGCCGCCGUGAUAAGGAUGCGGCAGCCAAUACACCCAGCCCUGGUCAACCAUCUCCACGACGCCAACAACCCGAAGACAUGCCAAGUGUGGCCGAGCAGCAACUUGCACAGUCUGCCAAACGGUCUCGCUCCAAGGCGGCGCGAGCCAGCGUCUUUGAUCGCCUCACUAACCCCAAAAUGUUUCCAGCUCGCCAUCGCCGACGCUUGGAAGAGAUCGAGGCUCGCAAGCAACAGUUCGUACCAAGCACACCCCCUCAUGUGCUCGGACAUGUGCACGCAGUGCCCCUCACGCAUCAUUUCCAACCGAUUUUCGUCUUUAGGGUGGCUGAGCAAGAACGCAGUGCCGCUUCUUCGGUCGCCUCAGCGCGAGGGAGCAAGGCAACUCGCAAAGAUCGCAAAAGGACUGCACAGAAACCCUCUCACCAGCCAGAGUCGCGCUCGGUGAAUUCAUCCUCCAACACCGCUUCGGAGAAAGCACCCACGCCGCGACACGCCUGGGGAAGUGUUGAUGCCCCUGCUGCCUCAGAGGAUAGCUUGGCUUCUCCCUUGCCAGUUACGGUGUCCCGGCGCACGCGGGAUCAACCAGGCCCGUCAGAACCUGGCACUCCAUUCGUGAAGAGUUUGGACGCUGCGCUCGCAUCCGUCCAAACGCCUGGAGCCAACUCAAGCUUCAAUAACAUCCGCUCCAUCAAUGGGGGUGGCAAUGGUCGCCGCGCGCGCACAUUUGAACCAGAGCCUAGCGACUCACGCCGGGUAGCUGCCAUCCAACCUCCAAGGAUGGAGUCGCCCACACUCACCGACCCCUCCAACUUGUCCCUACCAGAUACUGAAGCUGAGGCGUCAACACAGUUGUCAUAUAGCGUGAUGCGACAAAGUGAGGAGAAGCGUGAUAAUGUGAUGCGCAGCCACCGCGACACUGGCGCCUCUUCGCCAGACAUGCCCCAGAUGACGGUUCAAGACGUACGCCAGGACUCGGGUGCCACCACACCCCGUGAGCGCGGUCAGGCUACUGCUCGGGCAAAAACGGAGGAGAUCCUUGCGCGCGCCCGCGAGCGUUCUUUGUCGCGGCGGAGUCGACGUGAGGACAGUGGCAGCGCUCAGGGUCAAGGCGCUUCUGAAUCAGAACCUGUGCCUUUUGGAAGCGCCAAAGUUCCUCAAACCAUGCAAUAUCUACUUCGUGGUUCAACAGCAGAUGAAGCUGAUCAAGUCGACCAUCUCAUUAGCCCGCAAGCCUCAGAUGUGCACGAGGCACCAGCCACAGAUGCCACGAGUGUCGCUCGCGAGCAUGAGGCUCAGCGUGAACUAGAAGCUCAACAGCAACGCCUAGAGUUGGAAGCUGCUGCUGAACGUGAACGCCUUGAGGCCAUGGAACGCAGCCGGCUCGAAGAGGAGGCUGCUCUAGCCCAGGCCGAGCGAGAGCGCCUCGAAAAAGAAGAAGAACAACGCCAGCAUGCUGAAGCUGAGCGCCUGCGUCAGAAAGCUGCUGAAGCCGAGCGCCAACGCCAGGAAGCUGCUGAGGCCGAAGCCGAGGCCGAGCGCCAACGCCAAGAAGCUGCCGAGGCCGAGCGCCAACGCCAGGAAGCUGCCGAAGCCGAGGCUGAGCGCCAACGCCAGGAAACUGCUGAGGCUGAAGCCGAGCGCCAACGCCAGGAAGCUGCUGAGGCCGAAGCCGAGGCCGAGCGCCAACGCCAAGAAGCUGCCGAGGCUGAGCGCCAACGCCAGGAAACUGCUGAGGCCGAGGCCGAGCGCCAACGCCAGGAAGCUGCUGAGGCUGAGGCCGAGCGCCAACGCCAGGAAGCCGCUGAGGCUGAGGCCGAGCGCCAACGCCAGGAAGCUGCUGAGGCUGAAGCCGAGCGCCAACGCCAGGAAACUGCUGAGGCCGAGGCCGAGCGCCAACGCCAGGAAGCUGCUGAGGCCGAGGCCGAGCGCCAACGCGAGGAAGCCGCUGAGGCUGAGGCCGAGCGCCAGCGCCAGGAAGCUGCCGAAGCUGAGGCCGAGCGCCAACGCCAGGAAGCUGCCGAAGCUGAGGCCGAGCGGAAGCGUCAAGAGGAGGCCGAAACUGAGCGCCGGCGUCAAGCCGAGGCAGAGCGCCAGCGCAAACUGGCCGAAGACAUUGAGCGCCGUCGCAAGGAGCAGCAAGCAGAGGCAAUGCGCAAAAAGCAAGCAGCAGAGGCUGAGGCUGAGCGACAGCGUCAAGAAGCCGAGGCUGCUGAGGCUGCUGCGCGACAGAAGCAGGCUGCUGAGGCUGCUGCGCGACAGAAGCAGGCUGAGGAGGAGGCUGAGGCAGAGCGCAGGCGCCAGGCUGAGGCGGAGCGUCAGCGAAAGUUGGCCGAAGAUAUCGAACGUCGGCGCAAGGAACAAGAAGCUGAGCGGCUGGCCGAGUCCCGUCGUCGAGAGCAGGAAGCCCAGCAACGAGCGAAGGAGGCUACAGCCACUGCAGCCACGCCUGCGCCGGCAUUGUUAGAAGAAACCGAAGUUACUCUCACGGAGGAAGCAAGCGGCGAUACUGCGGGAUCGGUCGACCUUGCUACUCCAUCGACCGCAGCCGCAGCCAAGCCCGCAUCCGGCAACAACGUUCAAGCGCUUCUGGACGCAGCUCGCCGUCGCCGCCUGGAACGUGCUGCUACCAGCAACCUCACAGGCUCGACAGACAGCUUGGAUGCCCCGGGUACGCCACCCAUCAACCGGGCCCGAACCUAUGCCGAGCCCUCGGAUAAGGGGGUGGCAACUCCCGAAGCCGGGCAGGCACGCUCAGGUGCAUCAACACCGGGCUUCUUUACGCCUAUCGCAUCCACCAGCACCUCCGUUUAUGCGACCCCCGCCACUGCCACGGCCACGCGACCUGCAUUGGCAGGCAUGGGCAAUGCUUCCGUGCCAUCUACGUCGUCUCCCGUGCCUACGACAUCAACAAACAGCACACCCGCAGCGUCAGGGUCCGCCACCCCCGUACCUCCAUCAACGUCUGGUGACAACGGCGAGGCUGCGACCGAUAGGAUAUCACGGCUACUGGCCGAUGCUCGGAGGCGGCGUCAGGAGCGGUCACAAGCUCUGCCCAACGCGGCAAGCGAUGUAGGCAGUGACGUGCAGUCAGAAGUGAGCGACGCUCCCAGCUCGACCACCGGUUCCUCAAAGGAGGAUACACCCCGGGACUUUCGGAUUGUCAAACCGGCCAUUGGUAGUCUUGGAUUUAUUCUGGGAUCCAGCGAUGGCUCUACCGGAUUGCGCAUCAAGUCGCUGACGCCGGCUAGUGUGGCUCAACGAGCGGGUUUGGCUGUGGGCGACGUGCUUGUGGCCAUUGAUGGGCAAGCCACGAGCACCAUGACUGUGGCCGAGGCCGGGGCUCUCAUCAAAGCUGUUCAACCUGAGCAGGCCGUCACUGUCACCGUCUCUCGACCAAGUCUCUGA